GGCACUCUACCGGCACACUUGACGCCAACUCGUUUCUUUUUCGGGAAAUAAAUACAAAUCUAUUCAGCAGUUAAUUUAACUUAACCACUAUUACUAAUUAGACUGUAAACAUGGCCGAGGUAGACGACGGUUCCGAGUUGUUGUUUUUCGACACCUUCUCACACGAGGAAGUGACAGACAUCAACUUGGAUUUGGUGCAAUUUCCCAAGCCGGUAUUCAUCACACAGGUGCGGAUUAUUCCGCUGGGAGCUCGUGUGCAGGCGGACUUCCCUGGCGGCGUUCGUCUAGGCGCAACGAAUCCCUCCAAGUUUGACCUGGAGUUCUUUGUGAACGAUUUGGGAAUGCCGGGUGCCUCGGCUUUUGAGAAUCUCGGCCUGUUGCGGUACAAUCAGAACGAUUGCAUCCACCUGGACUGCUCGCAGGAGAAGAUACCCACAGAUGGACUGGUGCUGCGCGGGUGGUACAGCACCAUUACCUUGGCGGUCUAUGGAAUUCUCACAAAUUCAGUAACGGAGCCCAUUGCCAGUCCCACGAUGCCCUGCGAACCUGUCGGUGCGGAGAUGUGCAACCUAAGUGGAGAGGUCAUGCUGCAGGAGGAUGUACUCAAGGAUGAGUGGCAGGAACCCAUGCAGGCAGAGAUGCUGACUGCCCUCAAAGGCAACGUCAGCGAUUAUGAUCCGGAGGAGAUGGAUUAUGCUUUGACCCGGGAACACUACCACCAGCAGCAGCAAGCUGAGGAGCAGGAGCAGAGGGAGAUGCGGCGCCUGCGACGCUCCACGCAUUCCACGGACCAAUCGCCGCCGCCACCGCCAAGAAGGUCGCACACGCACUCUGAGAGCAACGACAGGGAGUACAUUAGGCAUUCCCGCGACAAGGGCUCCAGGGACUGGUCGCGCUCUCCGGAAUACUCCAGCCAUCGGUCCCGACGUAAGCGUUCUGAGCGGUCCCGCUCUGAUGUGGACGAGCACAAGUGGCCCAGAACGCCGCCGGCGUCGAUAGAUUCGCCGACAAGGCCACGCUCUCCUGACACUAUGGACUAUGAUGACGAUGACUCACGUUCCCAUUAUAAAAUGCAGUCCUCGCAUUACCGCCACUCCUCGGAGUCGCUGCAUCGUGGCGAAAGAGAUCGGGACGAUGAGGAGCGCUCGUGCACGCCGCAGGAACAGUUCGAGCCCAUUCUUAGUGAUGAUGAAAUCAUUGGCGACGAGGAAGAGGACGAUGGCGUGGAUGCGGCAGCCAUUGCAGAGUACGAAAGGGAACUGGACUUGGCAGCGGCCUCAGCUCCGCCUGCAAUCGAUGCUUUUGAACCCUGGCAGAAGCCCCUGCUGUUCUAUGAAGGGGACCUCUCCGCGCACUUCAGCAAGGAGCUGGAAACCCUUCGGCUGCUCUUCAAGAAACUCGCCCUGCAGACCCGUUGCGAGAAUGUGGCUGCAUUCGGCGAGGAGCAUGGCGCCAGUGUGGACGAAAGGGAACAGUUUGUGUACCUGGGUGAGCAACUAAAUAACCAGUUGGCCUAUUUGGCGCAACACUUUAAGCGGCGCAACUUUGUCCUGCAGCAGUUCUUUGGCAACGAUGACGUGCAUCUGCGUCAGGCGGCGAAUGUCUUGCAGAUUGCACUGAGCUUUCAGGCAGCCUGCAUGCAGCCCCAGCCCGCCUUCAAGAUCCGUCACAUUAAACUGGGCGCCCGAAUGGCAGAGCUUUUGGGCAGCAGCGAAGAUCUCUUCCAGCAUCUGCUUAAGGAGCACCACUUUGAUCCCUUUGACGCGGUGUUUCGACUGUACAACGAACCCUUUAUGGCCCUGUCCAUUAAGUUGCAACUGCUGAAAGCAAUCUACGCCUUGCUGGACUCCCGGCUGGGUAUCCAACAUUUCCUAGCCUCCAAGAGCAACGGCUACCAGGUGGUUAUGGAAUCCCUCAAGGCGGCCAAGCUAACCAGGACUAAGUUCGCCCUGCAGGCCAUUAUCAAAAAGCUACAUCUGUGGGAAGGCUUGGAGAGCAUCAAGACCUGGUGUCGGCGCCUCUUUGUGGACCGGAAUGUAGCAAAGUCAGAGGAUCAGGAGUCCAAGGAGGAGCCCACGCAUCUACAGAUUUGCCAGCAGAUCGAGUUCACCUUUGAAAUGCUUAUGGAUGCACUGACCACCAGCCAGUUAAGCUACCAGCAGCCGCGCCGCUUUCUCCCCGUUUCAAAGAAGUUCGAGGUGGUCACCGAUCCCACAGCUCAGCGUAGCUUCGGGAAUGCCCUACAGUCGUACUUGGGACAGCACAGCUUGGCGGAGUGCCUGCUGCUGAUGCUGGGUAAUUGCAAGGAGCUGCCCGCCAAGACUUACCUGUGCAUGCUGGAUCUAAUGCAUACACUGCUUCGUUCCCAUGUGGGCAUCGAUUACUUUGUAGAUGAUGCCUUUGAUGUAACUCAGGCAAUUGUGGCCAUAUUGUUGGGCCUAGAGGAUGUGCCCAGGCAGCCUAAAGUGGAGGAGACGAAGGUGGAAAAAUCAGAGGUGGAGGAGAAGGCGGUUGCAGAUGCUACAGAGGGAGAAGAUAUAGAGAAAUCGAGUGAAACCGCCGAGGAAACAGAGAUAAAACCACCUGCUGUUGCCUCUCCUCCAACUCCCACUCCCGCUCCCAUACCUGCUAUUCAAGCUCUGAGACCCCGACCCAUUCUGCGUCCCGUACUGCCACGACUUGCAAGACUGGGCAUUGAGAUGUCGUACAAGGUGCAAACACGCUACCACUUGGACGCCAUUGUUUACGCGGCCGCAGCCCCGGAGUACGAUGCUGUGAAGAUUGCCACUCAUAUGCACGCCAUUUACUCGCAGACCUGCGAUCCCGCCGGUCGCCAACACACCGUAGAGGUACUCGGCCUGAACAACAAUCUUAAGAUCUUUAUGGACCUUAUCAAGAAAGAACAACGCCUGCAGACGCAGCGUCAGCUGAGCUCUCCGGGCAUGAAGUACAAGAGUCCCGUGCUAAGCUACGCCGUGGAUAUGGUGGAUGCUUGUGUCCGAUAUUGCGAGCAGUUGGACUACCUCAUCGAACACGGGGCGGUGAUCUUGGAGCUGGCCAAGAACCAUGAAACCUUCGAGCCAUCGGUGUCGGCUGUGCUGCAGGAAAUGUACGUGUACAUGAAACCCCUGGAGGCCAUUAAUGUGUUCGUUUACGACGAUAUCAUGCCCCUAGUGGAGGUGAUAGGUCGGUCUCUGGACUACCUGACCACUUUUCCAGGGGAUUUGAUUAUGGCUUUGAGGAUCUUGCGAUAUCUUUCCAUUAGCAAGCCGAUCUUAGGACAGAAGCCACCUGCAGUGACUGAGGAGCUGAAGCAUCGGUUUGUGGCUUUGCAGUUGUACGCGGCGGAUGGUGUUCAGCUCUGCAUCCAGAUUAUGGAACGUUUGUGCGCCUACUUUGAGCAACCGGGAGCUCACGCUCCGGCCUUGAUGACCAUUCAGGGAGUGCACUGCUGCCAGAUCAUGCUGCCCACGCUGCAGAUCCUCAGGGAGCUGCUCACCUAUGCGAUUUUGUGCCGGGAUGGCACGUACAAGGACCUUACCGCUAUCGAUCACAUUGUUAAGGUGUACUAUCUGCUCUACUACUAUCCCACGCGCUGCCAGGCAGGCGUUGAGGUGGAGCAGUGCAAGAUGGAGGUGGUCCAGACCCUGCUCGCCUAUACACAGCCCAAUGAACAGGAUGAGGAGUCGCUGCACAAGUCCCUGUGGACGCUAAUGAUCAGGGAAGUACUAAAGAACAUCGACGGACCAGCACACUUCAUUCCAGGACUAAAGCUUCUGGCAGAGCUGCUGCCUUUGCCACUGCCCAUGCCCCAACCACUGUGCGACCAGCUGAAGCAGCAGCACAAGCAGCGUUUGAUCACUGAGCGUAAGCUAUGGUCCGCGCACCUGCAUCCGCAGAGUGGACAGAUUGCCAAGCUGGUGGAGGCACUUGCUCCUUCCAGCUUCCCCCAGCUGUCGGAGAUGCUGCAGCGGGUGUGCAUGCAGCUGUCUGACCUGGCGCCGAACAUGACUCUUCUCAUUGCCAAGACCAUCACGGAGCUUUUGUGCAGCGAAUACCUCACCUCUAACUGCAUUCCGACCACAAAUCUAGAACGGCUCCUGCGGUUCUCAACCCGCCUGUGUGCUUUUGCUCCUCUGAAAAGCUCUAUGCUGUCCAUCUUGUCGGGCAAGUUCUGGGAACUCUUCCAAUCGCUACUUGCUCUCAAUGAGUUCAACGAAGUGGUCUCCAACUGCCAGGAGGCAGUGCAUCGCAUCUUAGACAGCUUCCUGGACUCUGGCAUAUCACUAAUCUCGCACAAAUCGACGGCUUUGCCUGCCCUCAAUCUGUCGGCGGCUCUGCCUCCGAAAGAACUGAUUCCGCGGAUAAUCGAUGCUGUGUUUAGUAACCUAACCAGCGUGGAGGUAACACAUGGCAUCUCCAUUCUGGCUGUUCGUAAUCUGGUGAUUCUCACAGAGCACGACUUCACCUUCUACCACCUGGCUCAGCUGCUAAAGCAAAAAAUUACCGAGUUUCAGGCAUGGAUGGAGCGCGUGAUCCUUCACAAUGAGACGGUGGAGUACAAUGCCAACAUUGAGUCGCUGAUCCUUCUUUUACGAUCCUUGACGCAAAUUGAACCACCGCCCGCCAUGACUGCCAUGCCGCAUCGCACUCUGAAGCUGGGCGCCAUGGAGCUUGCUCAGCUGGUGGAAUUCCAGGAUAUUGAACUGGCCAAGCCCCCAGUUCUGAGUCGCAUCCUCAAGGUGAUGGAGAAGUAUAAGGCGGUGGCCAACGAGGCGGCCCUGUGUGACCUUAAGCAGCUGAUACUACUCCAGGCUUCCAAGCAGGAAAUUAUUGCUGGAGCGAGUACCGAAGGCCCUGCCGACAGUGAGGGAGGUGUAGAGGCUAAUCUAUCUUCUAACGCCGGCAGCUUGGCGCUGAGCGUAGAGCCCUACCUGCCCCAGGCCGAGGGCAUAGUAAGCCAGUACGAGGCGCGUCCUAUCUUCACGAGAUUCUGUGCCACCGCCGAGAAUCCUCAACUCACGGCGCGAUACUGGCUGGAGCCGCUGCCCAUUGAAAUGAUCGAGGAUAUGAACGAGCCGCUCUACGAACGCAUCGCAUGCGAUCUUACCGAUCUGGCUAACGUGUGUCUUAAUCCCGAUCUGAAUACCGCUGGGGAUACCAAGAGGACUUUGAAUUUGUCCGGUUCGCCGCAAUCCAAUCGUGAAAUGACCCCGACGGCACCUUGUUUCCGCACCCGACGCGUGGAAGUGGAGCCCGCUACUGGGCGGCCCGAGAAAAAAAUGUUUGUGUCCUCGGUAAGGGGACGUGGCUUUGCUCGCCCUCCGCCUUCCAGAGGGGAUCUGUUCCGCUCUCGUCCACCAAACACUUCGAGACCCCCUUCUCUGCACGUAGACGAUUUUUUGGCUUUGGAGACGUGUGGCGCCCAGCCAACUGGACCUACGGGCUACAACAAAAUACCAUCCAUGUUGAGGGGCUCCCGGGUGGGCCGUAACCGCGGUUCACGAAUUUCGGCAGCGGCUGCUUUUAGGCAAAAGAAGCUAAUGCGCAUUGGUUCGCCCUCCAGUUGGGCCGAGUCAACAGGAUCAUAUCGCUCGGGCAACUCGGAGUCACAUUUUAGCGGCAGCGAUUCGCACUACUCAUCGCCUCACUACAGUGGCCGUUCCCGCGGACGUGGUCUACGCUCCCGACCCUCCUACCUGCGUUAGGAAGAUACUUUAUAGUUUUAGGUAUUAGUUUUAGUUUCCUUUUUGCUGUAUUUUGUAAAUAAGCUAAAAGUUAAUUUUCGGUAA